CAACAACAUCUUCCAUCAGCUCAGGUUGUCCGUCUCUUAGAAUCUUGUUGCUUCGUUCUUGCCACCUUGUGUGCGGGGCUUAGCAACACCAUACUUUGAACGCAUCAGCAUAAGCCUCACCCACCGCGCCUACUUAUACUGUAUCUCUCCUUUCGCCUCUGCGCUCAACUCAACUCGCAACUCCUCUGUCCUUCACGACUCGCGCAACCAACCGCCUCUUGAGAGAGAAACUCGAGCCUCUCUAUACGCACACCAACACACGCACUUUUCCAAAUCUGUGCCUGUGUCUGUUGUCGUAAGCUCAUACCAAACAGAGAAGACAUGAACCUAACAAAGCAGGCACGUCUUCGCAACCCAGACGAUUUCCCGACCCUUCAACUCUUCCUCCUCGCUAUUGUUCGCCUUGCCGAGCCAAUCGCUCUCACUUCCAUCUUUCCUUAUGCCUGGGCUCUUGUCAAGAGAUUCAAGAUUGGAAACGAGCAAGAUGCCUCCUUCUACUCGGGCCUCCUUAUCUCAUCCUUCUCUCUCGCCGAGGCCCUGAUGGGCAUGUAUUGGGGCGGCUUGUCUGAUCGCAUCGGCCGCAAGCCCGUCCUAAUUCUCGGCUGUGUGGGAACCAUGUUCAGCAUGAUCAUGGUGGGAUUCGCCUCCAACAUUUGGAUCGCCUUGGCCGGCCGCGCAAUAGGAGGUCUCCUCAACGGCAACAUUGGCGUCAUCCAGACCAUGGUCGGUGAGCUUGUCACAAAACCUGAGCAUGAGCCGCGCGCUUUCUCCGUUAUGCCUUUUGUGUGGAGUAUUGGAACCAUCGUGGGCCCUUGUAUCGGCGGAACCUUUGCUGACCCCCACGACUCCUGGCCCAAUGCUUUCCCCAAAGGCUCUUUGUUCGAGCGAUACCCCUACCUCCUGCCCAACCUCGUCUGCGCUGCUCUCUUGUUCAUCAGUAUCGUCAUGGGAUUCUUCCUCCUUGAAGAAACUCACCCUGACAUGCAACCUCGAAUUCUACUUCCCGCAGAUACCUACGUCUCAGAAGAGACCCCGCUGCUGGAGACUUCAGACGCUAUAAAGCGACCAGCGGUGGACCUUCGCGCGGAGACCUAUGGAACUAUUCGAGACAACAGCAGCAGCAGCAGCAGCGAUGAGUGCCCGGAGCGUAGCUCGAACGAGAUGUCUACGGAAAAGACGAAGCCCGCCAAUAUUUGGAACAAGCGCAUCGUCGGCUUCAUCCUGUCUCUGUGCAUCUUCACCUACCACUCAAUGACCUACGACCACCUCAUGCCGAUCUUCUUUGAAGAUGAGCGUGUUUCGGUAAAUACUCUCUCCAAACUUGGUGCUUCUUCACCCUUCUACUCUCCUGGUGGCUUGGGCCUUUCCCUUCGUGAUGUGGGUAUGAUCAUGGCCGUCAAUGGAGUCAUCGCUCUUUUUGUCCAGGCCGUCAUCUUCCCUUUGGCAGCCGAAAGGUUCGGUGUAUUCCGACUUUUCCUUGUCGUCACGGUUCUACACCCCAUCAUUUAUGCCAUUGUCCCAAUGCUGCUCUUUGUCCCCGAAUCCUUACUCUUCCCCGCCAUCUACCUAUGCCUUGCUGUACGCAACGUCCUCUCCAUCACACUCUACCCACUCCUCCUUAUACUGAUCAAAGGAGCUACCCCUUCUGCGAGUGCCUUGGGCAAAGUCAACGGCUUAGCCGCCAGCGCUGGCGCUGCUUGCCGCAUGAUUGCGCCACCAAUCGCAGGCUAUCUCUACACGUUGGGCAGCCAAAUCGACUGCACUGCGUUGUCAUGGUACGCCAGUUCUCUGGUCGCCAUUGUCGGCGCUAUUCACUGCUUCACCGUUCCCCGCGAUCGCGAUUGCCCGCGAUCAAAGGAGGAUGCUGAGCAACAAAAUCUCCCCGCCGCGCCCGCUGAAGUUUCAGCCGAGGACGUGGAGUGAUUAACAAUCAUAAAAUGAUUUAUAAGUAAAGAACAAAAGAACAGAAAGAAGAACAAACAAAAAGUCUCUACAAACGGCAUCCUCGUGGUAGGAGCCGUUGCAUUUCUGAUGAAACGCCAUCUGCAAGUCGCAGUGGUGAAUAAGUUGAUUUUGAUUAACAGGUUUUACGCACGAAUUAAACGGCGCUCUUUUUACGGGGACGAGGCAAUGGUGGCUAUAUACCCAAUCGCGCAUGUUUAAUAUUAGCUGGUGGUGGAUUUGAGUGCGACACUUUGGGAGAACGUACAUACAGACGAUAUCAUCCAAGAAAGCGCACAUGUCCAUAUUUGUAUCUACAUCUGAAAAGGGUUGCAUUUGUUGGCGUUUUGGGAGUGGCACGGAAAAGUGUAUUUUUAUACCAUACUUAUUUCUCUCUUCUAUCCUCAAAAAAUUAAGGGGACUAGAUAGUUUUAGAGACUAGAAAAAGAUAGCAAUAAUAGUACUGGUUGCA